AUGAUGAUGCGGAGGAAGUUAGCUUGUUGCGCGAGGGAGUUGAGGGCGAUUAGCAUCGACUUUGACGAGCAAGAGAGGAUAAUGACGUAUAACGGGCUCGAGACGUGCAUCCUCAACAGCAGCUCGUACGAUAACGAUAGUGGGAGUAGUGGUGGGAACGGGUGCGUGAGCGACUCGUUUGACGAGUACGACUCAGCGUCCUCCUCUAGCACCAGUAACCUAUUUGGCUCGUUUUCCUCUCUCUUCACCUUCAUCAAGAAGGAUGACAGCCAGGACGAGUCCUGGGCCCACACUAAACACCUUAACAUCAAGGAAAAACAAGAGCACGACAGCUUUUCAGAUAUGGACACAAUGAAGGAGAAGUUUGCGAAGUUGCUUCUUGGUGAAGAUGUCACCGGUGGGGCCCGUGGUGUUUCAACCGCCCUCGCGCUUUCCAAUGCUGUCACCACUCUUGCGACUUCUGUAUUUGGGGAGCUAUGGAAGUUAGAGCCAUUACCGGAGGAAAGAAAGAGAAAGUGGGGAAGGGAAAUGGAGUGGCUUAUUUCACCAACAAACUACAUGGUCGAGCUGGUUCCUGCUAAGCAAGAUGGUGCCAAUGGUCAUACGUUGGAGAUAAUGACACCAAAAGCUCGAGGGGACAUCCAUAUGAAUCUGCCUGCCCUCCGCAAGUUGGAUUCCAUGCUUAUUGAAACACUAGAGUCAAUGGUGGACACUGAGUUUUGGUACGCUGAGGUGGGCAGCCGAGGUGAAGGUAGAAGCAGAAAUGGCGGGAACAGCAUGCGGUGGUGGCUUCCUUCACCACGGGUCCCAACUGUCGGCCUCUCGGAUAUUGAGAGAAAAAGAUUGUUGCGCAAGGGCAAAUUGGUAUAUCAAGUCUUCAAAGCUGCAAAAUCCAUAAAUGAAAAUGUCUUGGCCGAGAUGCCGAUUCCUGCAGCAGUCAAGGAAGCACUCCCAAAGUCUGGAAAGGCAAGCCUUGGGGAAGAACUCCACAAAAUACUGUGUGCUGAAUCUCUGUCUCCCGAGGAAGUGAUCAACAGCAUGAACCUGAAAUCCGAGCAUGGUGCACUCGAAGCCAUUAACAGACUGGAAGCAGCAAUAUUAGCCUGGAAGGAGAAAAUUGCGGAGCAACACAACAAUGGCAAGUCACCCACUCGGACAUCUUGGUCUUUUGUGAAGGAUUCACUUUCCGAGCUCGAAAGACUGGAGUUGUUAGUGAAGAAGGCCGAGAUGCUUGCACAUGAGCUUAAGAUCAAGUAUCCAAACCUACCUCAAACAUUUCUUGACGUGACAAAAAUACAAUACGGCAAGGAUGUGGGGCACUCGAUUCUUGAAGCGUAUUCGCGUGUGCUGUCAAAUCUAGCUUUUUGCAUUCUCUCCCGUAUAGGGGAUAUUUUGCAAGAAGACGUGAUGAGCAAUCCAAACUCGCCCGUUGCCAUGUCACAUCUCGUUGGGGCAAAAAUCCCGGGGAUUUCAGACAGCCCCGUGCUCGAUCGUGUGAGGCACUCCCUCAUUCAUCAGCUCAACCGUGCGGACAAAAGCAAAACGAAUGAAAGCAAUGGUUAUGACAUUGAGGAAGCUAAGAUUAGUUCGGUUUGUGGCACCCCUACUCGAGUCAUCUGA